GCCCUUAUUGAUGGCCCAACCACCGGUGUUACCCGUCAUUCUCAUGCAUUCCGUCGCCUAACCUUAACUGAUCUUGUAAUUAAAGGCUUUCCUAGAGGCGGGAAACAUCUUGGAGAAAUGGAAUCAGACAGCAUGGGCCAAGAAGUUGGAAAGUCGUAA